AUGGGCGCCACGAUCAAUGAGAUCCAGGAAGCUUCAAACACCGACAUCAAGAUGAACCAGGACACCAAGGAAGCAGGAUACAGCUAUGCCAUAGUCACCAGCAUCAAGAAUGUGGAAGGCGACCUAGACACUGCGGAACGUCUCAUCAAUGAGAAGAUCGCAGGUGGCGGCGGUGGUGGCGGUGGUGGCAACAGAGGCGGUGGCGGUGGUGGUCCGGAGCCUCGAAAACAGCCAAAGCGAAUGUAA